AUGUCUUCAACGAUCUUUUAUAAGUUUUUAUCACAAAAGGAUCAAUCUACAGUCCACUUUGAUGGGACAGGGAUAAGUGUUUUUGACUUGAAGCAUGAGAUAAUAGUACAAAAUCAGUUGGGACAAGGAAAUGAUUUUAUGUUAAGAUUGUAUCACCUGGAACAACCAGACUUGGAAUACGAGAAUGAUCAGGAUGUUAUACCAAGAUCAAGUUUCGUACUCGCUAGAAGAUCACCAAGCUCACAUAAAAAUGGUAAGUUUAAUAAUGCGUCGAGAUAUGUUAGCGGUAAACCAAGAAUAAAUAGGAAGGCAAUCAGUACAACCACAACCAAUAGCGUGGGCACUGUGACUGAGCCCAAGACAGCAGACGAAAAUAUGACAGAAGAGGACCGUAUCAAAAUGAUGUUUGAAAACCAAUCCAAUGCCUGGGCACAGACGCAAGAUGAGUUGUCCACACAUAAGGCAAUAUAUAAUAAGCCCAACAGUGGCUCUAAUCCAGAAGAUCUUCCCCCUCCUGGGUACAUUUGCUACAGAUGUGGUGCAAAAGAUCAUUGGAUUCGAAAUUGCCCUACAAAUACAGAUCCUAAUUUUGAAGGUAAGAAGAUUAAAAGGACAACGGGUAUACCUAGGUCAUAUUUAAAGACAAUAUCCAAAGAGGCAGUUGAAAAUCAAACUGAUGGAGCAGAUAAUGGGAUUACAACGAAUGAUAAUGGCGAAUUAGUCGAUCAGCAAGGAAAUACUUACAUGAUCACCGAUACAGGAGAAUAUGUGAUCGCUAUGGCCGACAGCAAAACUUGGAACACAUAUCAAGAGAAACAACAGAACGCAGCAAUGAAAGCUAAGCAAGAAUUUGAACAACAAAUUUUAAACUGUAUAGAAAAAGAUGGAAGAAACGAGUUUUUAGAUCCCUUGUCGACGACUAAAAAACUUUUAGUUCCUCCAAUAGUGAUGACACCAUGUUGCCAAGAUAAGUCGAAACUAAAAAAACUAAAGAAUUACAACUAUUCUCAACCACGUAUUGAACAAUUAUUGAUUGAAAAUGAUUUUCAUUGUCCCAACUGUGGAACUGAAGACGUAUUUAUAGAUUCUCUUAUUAGGAAUGAGGAUUUAGAAAAUGAGUUGGAGACAUAUAUUAAGGAAAAGCAAGAAGAAAUAGGUAUCGAAAAUCCGGCCACUUCUUUGAAGCAUCAGUUAGACUCUGGUGAUGGCCCUGAUUUAAAGAGACAAAGAAUAGAUUUACCUUCAAAACCAAAUAUGUUUGUUCCACCUCCAAUGCCUUUUGGAAUGCCAGUUCCUCCAGUUCCAAUGGGAAUGUUCAUGCCUCCACCACCACCGCCAUUCAAUGUUAAUAAUGAAAGUGUGAACAGUAAUGCUGGUCAAAGUAAAUAG